GGGCGUGACUUCCGCCUUCCCAUCACCCCCCACGGCCGCCAGGCCCCGGUGUCCCCAAACCCGGAAACUCCAAACAAAAAAAAUCCCCAAAAAUCCCCAAAAUCGCCCCAAAAAUUCCCGAAUUUUCCCCAAAAUCCCCUCAGGGGACCCCCCCGCGGCCGCCAUGACUUUGUUUCACUUCGGGAAUUGCUUCGCGCUGGCGUAUUUCCCUUAUUUCAUCACCUACAAGUGCAGCGGCCUGUCCGAGUACAGCGCGUUCUGGCGCUGCGUCCAGGCUGGAGCCACCUACGUACUGGUGCAACUGGGAAAGAUGUUGUUCUUGGCCACGUUUUUCCCCACCUGGGAGGGACCCUCGGGCGGCUUCGACCUGGUGGGGGAAUUCCUGCGAGCCACGGUGGACGCCGCCGACCUGGGGGGGCUGCAGCUGGCGCUGGGCCGGGGCGGGGGCCGGGGGGAGCUCCGGAUCCUGGUGGCCGCUCUGGGCUGGGCCAGUGCUGAGCUACUGACAGCCAGGUGUGUCCCGCUCUGGGUGGGGGCGCGGGGGGUGGAGUUCGACUGGAGACACCUCCAGAUGGGGCUGGACUCCAACAUCAGCCUGGUGCGCCACGUCGCCGCCGCCGCUCUGCUCUGGGCCUCGGGGCGCCACGACCUCCCCUCCCCCCUGCGGCUGCCCCUGGGCGGGCUCCUGGUGGCCGCGGCCUACGAGGGCUUCCUGAUUGGGUGGGCGGGGCAGGUGCUGGGCCUGGGGCCCUGGGGGGCGCUGGGGCUGCGGGCGCUGGGGGCGGCGGCGCUGGGGCUGGGGGCC